AUGAGCGAUUUAGAAUUCAAUAUUAAACAUGCAGGAAAAGUUUACCCAAUCACAAUAAAUGCCGAUGCUAAGGCAGCAGACCUAAGAGCUAAAGUUGAAGCUCUGACUCUUGUUCCACAAGAAAGACAAAAAUACAUGGUUAAGGGAGGUUUAACGGAUAACGAAACGUUAGUUUCAUCUGUCAUCAAAGCUAAGGCUACAGUAAUGGUUCUUGGAACCCCUGAUGCUAAUUUAGUCUUUAAACCAACGGAUGAUACGAAAUUUUUGGAGGAUUUAACUGACAAGGAAAGAUUGAUGCAAGAGGAUACCAUUCCAAUGGGGUUAAGAAAUAUGGGUAAUACAUGUUAUUUCAAUGCAUCUUUGCAAGCUCUAUACAGGAUUAAACCUUUGAGAGAGAAGGUAUUGGCCUAUAACGAGCCAAAUCCUGAUCUACACGGACAGUUAGUCAUACAGCUGAGAAAUUGUUUCAAUGCAUUUGCUCAAAGGAAAGAGAAGGAGUUCACCCCAAUUAUUCUACUCACAGUCUUGAGAAAGAUUUACCCGCAAUUCGCUGAGAAGGACCCAAGCACUGGGUUUUACAAGCAACAGGAUGCGGAAGAGUUGUUCACACAGUUGCUUCACACUAUUGACACUGUGUUUGGUGAAUCCUUGUCAUCUAAGUUCGAGAUCGAAUUCCAAACUACAGUUAAGGAUACUCUGAACGAAACAGACGUACAAACCAAGAUAGAAUCAGAUAAAAAAUUGCAAUGCCAUAUUUCAGGUACUACCAAUUUCCUAAAAAAUGGUCUUACUGAAUCCUUAGUCGAGAAAGUGGAGAAAAGAUCUGAAGCUACUGGUUCUAACUCGAUCUUUGAGAAUUCUAAGAAGAUUACCAAAUUACCGGAAUAUUUGACAGUUCAGUUUGUUAGAUUUUAUUGGAAAAGAUCGACUGGUAAGAAGUCCAAGAUUUUGCGUAAGGUUCAAUUCCCAUUCCAGCUUGAUGUAGCGGAUCUUUUAACCCCAGAAUAUGCAACCGCAAAGAUUAAAGUCAGAGAUGAAUUGCGUGAGGUAGACAAGCAGAGAGAAGAUGAUUUAAAGGAAUUCAACCAAAACAUUCUCGAACAUGUGCCACUAUCUUUGACUCCAGCUGAAAGGUACGAGACACAAAUGGCUCUUGAAGAAAGCAAAAGAGAGCAUUGGUUAGCAGAAUUUGCGAAAAAAUUCCCUAAAGAUCUAAGACAAGGUGAAAAUCCAUCUUCUGUAUACAAUUUGAUCGGUGUCGUUACACAUCAAGGUGCUAAUUCCGACAGUGGACAUUACCAGGCCUUUGUCAGGGAUGACGCGGACGAGAAUAAAUGGUACAAAUAUAAUGAUGACAAAGUAUACGUUGUUACAAGGGAAAAGGUUGAGCAAUUGGCUGGUGGUGGUGAAAGUGACAGUGCUUUAAUUCUUAUCUACAAAGGGUUUGGGUUAUGA